AUGAACAAACCACCAAGACAUGUUUUUGUCGAAAACGUGGUCGGCUUUGAAACUUCAACUGUACAUGCGGAUCUCUUGGAGUGUCUACGGGGAAUGGGAUAUGGGGUAAAGGAAUAUAUCCUCUCCCCAAUGCAAUUUGGAAUCCCGAAUACUCGCCCAAGAUAUUACUGCUUGACCUCAUUGCAAUCUUCAAGCUCGCAUUCCACAUCGACAAUUUUGAAAACUCACAAAAGUUGUGUUGAGGAAAUUGCUGGCAUUGAAGAUUUUAUUGAGAAAGGAGUCGAUAACUCAUCUUUGAUUUUGGAUUAUCAAGAACUGAAUAGAUUUGCCUCUUCUAUCGAUGCUGUGAGUUCAAACUCAAGACGAUCUGCCUGUUUCACCAAAUCAUAUGGUGUUUAUAAGACGGGAUGUGGUUCGUAUUUUUACGAG